AUGACCAUGAUGGACUUUUGGAGAAGGGCAGAAGAAGUAGGAGGAGUAGGAGUAGGUGAAGAAUGGUCUAUAAAGCGAGAGAUCGAGCGCAAACGCCUAGAAUUCGUUUCGAAUAUUCUAAUGAUCGGAUUGGAUAUUCAAUCGACGCUCGGUAUCUCAUACAUGAUCACCACCUUCUCCCUGUCCUCGAUCAUGGAUCUAUACCACUUACACCUCGUCUUCGAUAUUGUCAGCUUCGUCGGAGUGUCGAACACAGCCGCCCUCGUCUGUUGGCGAUUUGUCCGUGCGAAGAUCGAGGCUUCAGACACAAGCCCUGAAUCUCGGGGCAAACACACACGCAUAUCUUAUUGGAACGGUCGCUACCGCGCCACCUUCAUCUUUGUCAUGUUAUACCUAGCCCUUCUCAUCCUCCUCUGUGUCCGCCUCAACGAAUGGGCCCCUGACACCGAGCCGGGCCGCUGCUACUUCUCGCACUUAGUAACCAGCCCACAUGCCUCCCAUCCCGGCGCCGACCAGAUCUACGUCUCUAUCACCGGCAGCUGGCUUAUCGCCGUCAUCCUUUCUAGCGUCUUCGUCGGUGUUCGCGGGAGACGUUGGAUUCUGCUCCUCGCCUCGCUCCAUUUCCCCUUGCACCUGUAUAUGGCGAUUGCGCUGCGACAGGCAAACCAAGGCAGGUUCGAGGGGGAGGUCAAGCACGAGAACGAGUGGGACUUUGGCCAGACGACGGCGGUGGUUCUUCUGGGUAUUGCCGUGGUCGAACUCAUCACUAAGGGAAAACAGUACUAUGAUUUCGAGAGGUAUGUGACGAAGCAUGGUGCUCUGCCCGGUGUAAAUGGAAAUGGUCAAGGGCCCCAGAAAGAUGUGGAGGCCAUUGGGAAUGGAGCUACAUAUCCUCUUGAGACGUUGCCGGGUAAAGAUGAACAGAGCCCUGAAGCAAGGCACUUGCUGUCCAAGAGACAUGCUACGUCUCCACCUUGA